AGGAUGGCAGCUCCACAUAACGGAUCCAACAUAACGGCGAACUACACCAACCAGUUUGUGCAGCCGCCGUGGCGCGUCGCCCUCUGGUCCGUCGCCUACAGCUCCGUGCUGGCGGUGGCGGUGUUUGGAAACCUCAUCGUGAUAUGGAUCAUUCUUGCCCACAAGCGCAUGAGGACGGUGACGAACUACUUUCUCUUAAACUUGGCUUUUUCGGACGCGUCGAUGGCCGCGUUUAACACUUUGAUCAACUUUAUCUACGCCACCCACGGGGAGUGGUACUUUGGGGAAGCGUACUGCAAAUUCCACAACUUCUUCCCGGUCACAUCCGUGUUUGCGAGCAUCUACUCCAUGACUGCGAUAGCUGUGGACAGGUACAUGGCCAUCAUCCAUCCCCUGAAGCCUCGUCUGUCGGCGAAGGCCACCGUAGGAGUUAUCGUCUGUAUCUGGAGUCUGGCCGUGGUUCUGGCCUUCCCUCUCUGCUACUUCUCCACCAUCCGAACUCUGCCCCGCAGGACCCUCUGCUACGUGGCCUGGCCCCGCAUGGCCGACGACCCCUUCAUGUAUCAUAUCAUAGUGACAGUUCUGGUCUACGUGCUGCCCUUAGUGGUGAUGGGCAUCAAUUACACCAUCGUGGGUGUGACUCUGUGGGGAGGCGAGAUCCCAGGAGUCUCAUCUGAUAACUAUCAUGGACAGCUCAAGGCUAAACGGAAGGUGGUGAAGAUGAUGAUCAUCGUAGUGGUGACCUUUGCCCUCUGCUGGCUGCCCUAUCACAUCUACUUCAUUGUGACGGGUCUCAACAAGCGUCUGAGCAAGUGGAAGUACAUCCAGCAGGUUUACCUGUCAGUGCUGUGGCUGGCAAUGAGCUCCACCAUGUACAACCCCAUCAUCUACUGCUGCCUUAACAGCAGGUUUCGAGCCGGCUUCAAGCGAGCGUUUCGUUGGUGCCCGUUCAUCAAGGUGUCCAGCUACGACGAGUUGGAACUGCGCUCCACGCGUCUGCAUCCGACGCGCCAGAGCAGCAUGUACACGCUGUCACGAAUGGAUAACACCAUGGUGUUGGUUUACGACCCCGCCGAGGGCGACGGCGGCCCUGGAGGGAAGCAGUCCCUGUCGGCCAGGAAGAGAAGCUACAUCACAUCCCGCCACACGGAGAUCACCGGAUGCAACGAUGAAGGUGCGAAAACGCGGAAUGGAGAGGCUACAAGCGUGCAACCCGAGGAGUUCUGUUGAAGGCUGUUUUCAGAGACCAAUGCAUGCAAGAAAUGUACACAGAUGCAUAAUGCACUGUACAUACAAAUGGCGCACAGAUGUUUGCUUUAUUUAGACGUAGAAGCAUUGUAUCAAAGCGGUUACUUUAACAUGCAAUG